AUGGCGUAUCAGUACUGGCAACACAAGGGAGAAUCGCAACGUAAACUGUUUAUCCAUUUCGAUAAUGCUUACCACGGGGACACCAUAGGUGCUAUGAGUGUCGGUGGGAUUGAUAGUUUCCACACCACCUUUGAUUCCCUCCUUUUCAAAGGUGUCCGUGUGUCCGCUCCUGAAACCUAUCGUUCCGCUCACAAUACAGAUACGUCCGGCAACAACACUGUAGUGAAAACUCGUUGGCUUAAUGCGGUAGAAGAUGCGCUCUCCGAAAAUGCAGGACAGGUUGCUGGUAUCAUUUUGGAACCGCUAAUUCAGGGUGCGGGUGGUAUGCUGAUCGCUCCGAAAGGUUUUUUGAAAGAACUCGCCGUAUUGGCAAAACGGUGGAAAGUGCUUCUCAUUGUCGAUGAAGUGAUGACCGGAUUCGGACGCACCGGCAAAAUGUGGGCAUGCGAACAUGAAAACGUUACACCCGACAUCUUAUGCACGGCAAAGGGUCUCGCCGCCGGUUACCUCCCCCUCGCUGCGACGCUAACGACUGAUGACAUCUACAACGCCUUCCUCGGCGAAUAUAGAGACCUUAAGACCUUUUUCCACGGUCACACCUUUACCGGUAACCCGUUAGCAUGCGCUGUGGCAUUAGAAAAUAUCGCUAUUUUCGAGCGUGAGAACCUCCUAUCCGAACUUCAACCUACCAUUGAACAUUUCAGAAACCGGCUUCAAGAUUUCUAUGCGCUUCCGCAUGUCGGUGAUGUACGCGUGUGUGGUUUUGCUGCGGGUGUAGAACUCAUGAAAAACCCGGACACCUAUACCGUUUAUCCAUUUGAAGAAAAGGUAGGUAUCCGGGUUUGUCAAGAGGCACUCACACGUGGAGCGAUGCUCCGACCUCUUGUCAAUACCGUUGUAUUGAUGCCACCCUUGCAAAUCUCUAUUUCAGCAUUAGAUACCCUACUGGACAUCGUUUAUACUUCAAUUGAGACGGUCACAAAAAAAUAG